CCAUCUUUUCUCAGUUCUUCAUAGAAAAAGGAAAUUAAGAUGUCUCUGGUUCCAAACAUCUUGGGUGGUCGAAGAACCACUGUGUUCGACCCAUUCUCUCUUGACAUAUGGGAUCCAUUCUUGGACUUCCCCUUCGCCACUCGCUCUCAGAUCACUAGCGAAACCGAAGCCUUCGUUAACACUCGUAUCGAUUGGAAAGAGACCCCUGAAGCUCACAUUUUCAAGGCUGAUCUUCCAGGGCUCAAGAAGGAAGAAGUGAAGGUGGACGUGGAGGAAGGAAGGGUUCUUCAGAUCAGUGGAGAGAGGAGCAAAGAAAAGGAAGAGAAGACUGAUAAGUGGCACCGUGUGGAACGCAGCAGCGGCAAGUUCCUCCGCCGGUUUAGGUUGCCGGAGAAUGCAAAGGUGGAUCAGGUGAAGGCCAACAUGGAAAAUGGUGUGCUGACGGUUACUGUCCCCAAGGAAGAAGUGAAGAAGCCUGAGGUUAAGGCUAUUGAGAUCUCUGGCUGAACUCUGAAGGCGUGGAAGUGUGGAACUGAAAACA